AGUGAAAGAGAAAGUUCAAGUCAGAGCUGCAGUUCAGACACGUCUCUGAGUUUCUCUGUAAGAAAUCUAACCUGAGUUCAUCUGGACUUCCACAGACACUGACUCCAACACUGUGUGUGAAGAUGUCUGCUGCCAGCAAUCUGCGCUCUGAAGAUCAGUUUCGGUGCUCCAUCUGUCUGCGUUUUCGUAAGUGACAGACCCCGACUCCAGGAAGACACGCAUUUUAGUCAUCGGGGUGUGGAAUCGGAUUCCUCGUUCUUUCAGGACUUUCUUGAUUGUGUGUGAAGAUGUCUGCUGCCAGCAAUCUGCGCUCUGAAGAUCAGUUUCGGUGCUCCAUCUGUCUGGAAGUGUUCACUGAUCCAGUCUCCACACCAUGUGGACACAACUUCUGCAAACAGUGCAUCACUCAGCACUGGAACACCAACAACAUCUGUGACUGUCCCCUGUGUAAGAAACGGUUCAGAAGAAGACCUGAACUCAACGUCAACACUUUGCUCUCUGAGAUGGUUUCUCAGUUCAGACGUGAAGCUGAACUCAAAGCCAGCAGCAGCUCAGAGCAACAAGCUGCCAAACCAGGAGAAGUUCCCUGUGACGUCUGCACUGGAACCAAAGUGAAGGCCCUCAAGUCCUGCCUGGUGUGCCUGGUCUCCUACUGUCAGACUCAUCUGGAGCCUCAUCUGACAGUGUCAGUCCUGAAGAAACAUCAGCUGAUGGAGCCUGUGGAGAACCUGGAAGGCAGGAUGUGUCAGAAGCACCAUAAACCUCUGGAGCUGUUCUGUCAGAGAGAGCAGACAUGUGUCUGCAUGAUGUGCUCUGUUUUAGAGCACAGGAACCACGAGUUUGUUCCUCUGAGUGAAGAAUGUGAAGGAAAGAAGAAGGAGCUGAGGAAGACAGAGGCUGAGAUGCAGCAGAUGAUCCAGGAGAGACGAGUGAAGAUCAAGGAGAUCAGAGAGUGUGUGAAGAGGAGUAAAGCUGCUGCAGACAGAGAGAAAGCAGAAGGUGUUGAGGUGUUCACUGCUCUGAAGGAGUGUGUUGAGAGAGGCCUGAAGCAGCUGAUGGAGAGGAUGGAGGAGGAAGAGGAAGCCAGAGAGAAACAGGCUGAAGGUCUCAUCAGAGAUCUGGAAGAGGAGAUCUGUGAGCUGAUGAAGAGGAGCUCAGAGGUGGAGCAGCUCUUCCUCUCUGAAGACCACCUCCACCUCCUCCAAGGCUUCUCCUCCCUGAAAGCUGCUCCACCCACCAAGGACUGGACAGAGGUCAGCGUCCGUCCAUCAUCAUAUGAGGGGACUGUGGUGAGAGCUGUGGCUCAGCUGGAGGAGACUCUCAGCAAAGAGAUGAAGAAGCUGUUUGAGGCUGAUCUGAAGAGGAAGCAGCAGUUUGCAGUGGAUGUGACUCUUGAUCCUGAUACAGCAAAUCCUAGACUCAUCCUGUCUGAUGAUGGAAAACAAGUGAGUUGUGGUGAUGUGAGGAAGAAUCUUCCAGAGAACCCAGAGAGAUUUGAUUAUUGUGUGUGUGUUUUAGGAAAACAGAGUUUCUCUUCAGGUAAAUUUUACUUUGAGGUUCAGGUUAAAGGAAAGACUGAAUGGGAUUUAGGAGUGAGCAAAGAGUCCAUCAACAGGAAGGGAAAGUUCACACUGAGGCCUGAUAAAGGUAUCUGGACAAUAUGUCUGAGAAAUGGAAAUCAAUACUCAGCCUGUGAGAACAAAACCCUUAAUCUGUCUCUGAGUUCUGCUCCUGAGAAGGUGGGGGUGUUUGUGGAUUAUGAGGAGGGUCUGGUCUCUUUUUAUGAUGUAGCUGCUGCAGCUCUGAUCUACUCCUUCACUGGCUGCUGCUUCACUGAGAAACUCCUCCCAUAUUUCUGUCCCUGUGUUAAUUAUGGUGGUAAAAACUCUGCUCCUCUGAUCAUCUGUCCUGUCAAUCAAACUGUCUGAUGAGGAAGAUUCACCAACAAUUAAUGAGCUUGUUGGAAAGUAAAAGAUUGACUCUGAUUGAUUUGAUCAAAUCCAGAUGUUCAGUCUGCACUAAACUCACAUUCUUCUCUUCAGUCUUUGAUUAUUGGACCAUUGUUUGAAUGAAUCCAGACCAAUCAGUCAUGAUGUCCACUUCCCUAAUAUGAAGUGCUGAAGCUGCCCUGACCCACUGAGACAUGGACUCCUCUACACCUCUGAAGACCUGCUGGUUUACCUGGCACCAGGAUGGAGCAGCAGGUCCUUUGACUCCUUUGACUUGUGAGCUGUUAGCUUCUUGGAUCAGACUUGUUUGUCCACUGAGUGAGAUGUGGGGAAUUCAGAGGCCAAGUCAACUUUUCAAAGUGGUUGUUGUGUUCCUCAAAGCAUUCCUGAAGCCUUUUAGCUCUGUGGCAGGGUGAGAAAUGAAAAUAGAGCCCAUGUUCAUGACAAGUCUCAUCUACUUGAGAAUAAACCGUAGAACAGCCAAUCGUUGGAAUUCUGUGGUUUGACAGCAGUGGGGCGCCCGGGCCGUAGGUACCCCUCAAUUUUAUAUUGCACUGGACGCACGUUACACACCCUCCCUUAAAGACAGACACACCCAAACAUACAUUCAACACUUCACGGGGUUCAGGGGGUGGAGCUGCUGUUCAGGGGUCCUCCCAGUACCCUCCACUUGCAUCCUGCCUUGGCCCGGACGGGUACGACUGUGGUGCUCAACUGCUUGGUCUUUGGCUGUUGGAAAUAUUCUGUUUGAUUAUCAUUGCUAAAUGCAUUCAUUGUUAAAUGUUGUAGUGACCAUGCACAGGAAACUGAAAGUUGACUCAGCAGGAUGAGCGAUCUGCCUGCAUUCUUCAAAAUGCUGACUGGGAGCAUCUUAUCUGUGUGUUACCCUUUUCCUGUUGCCACUGAUGCAUCUGUUGCAUUGUUUCUAUUCAAGCAGGAUGUUGAAACCAAUGCUAUCCCAACAAAUACUUGUAAGCCCCACCCUGAGUUUGUGAAUAAAAGCUGAGAGAAAACUUUGCUCAGACAGAGUGAAAUGAAGUGAGCUCUUGGGCGAACGGAUUCUCCUCUCCUUGCAAGUAUCAUUGACUCUGCCUGAUUCAUUCUGUGUUCGUGUCCUAAUUUUCUUUAAGGAAAACAUCCCACUGGGGGGACUGGGGUGGUGAUACCACCUCCUGGGGCACAGCUGGAUAGGUGGGGGUGGAGCCUUGUGGUGGCCUGGUGAAGGCCCUGCCAGUUGCCUGGGUGGCUCUGGGUAAUGGUCGUGGGGCUCCAGCCACACGCUGGCAGGGCAGAAUCCUCUCCAUUUUAUAGACAAUGGAGAAUGAGACUAUGUGUG